CCCGGCGUCUCCAGCUGCGGCGAUGGCGGCGGCGGCUUCGCAGCGAGACCCGGGGGACUGGCAGGACUUCUCGGGCUUCCAGCCCUCGGCGGGGAGCGCUCCCGAAACCGCCAGAGGCGACAAAGGCGGAUGGGAUCUGGGAACGAAGUUGUCCCUCUGCUUCGAGCCCCCCCCGGCCCGCGCUGCCGGUUGCGGCGAGAGCCGCGUUCCGCUGCGGCCGCUCACGGAGCAGAGCGCGCUGCAGGACGACGAGAUUUGGAAUGCUUUGACUGAUAAUUAUGGAAACGUAAUGCCAGUUGACUGGAAAUCUUCCCACACCAGAGCUUUGCACUUGCCAACUCUGAACCUUUCAGAAAAAGGGGUAAAUGAUAACUUAAACCUUGACCUGUCAGAUGAUGAAGAGCUGAGAGAACAGCUGGAUAUGCAUUCCAUCAUUGUUUCCUGCAUCAAUGAUGAACCACUGUUCACAGCGGAACAGGUGAUUGAAGAAAUAGAAGAAAUGAUGCAGGAAUCUCCUGAUCCCGAAGAUGAUGAAACACCUACUCAGUCCGACCGUCUCUCCAUGCUUUCCCAGGAAAUUCAAACACUCAAGAGAUCCAGUACAAACAACAGCUACGAGGAGAGAGUAAAAAGAUUGUCUGUUGCUGAGUUAAAUGAACUGCUAGAAGAAAUUGAGACUGCUAUUAAGGAUUAUUCUGAGGAGCUGGUGCAGCAGUUGGCACUGCGGGAUGAGUUGGAGUUCGAGAAGGAAGUGAAAAACAGCUUCAUUUCUGUCCUCAUCGAAGUACAAAAUAAACAGAGAGAGCACAAAGAAACAGCAAAGAAGAAAAAGAAGCUGAAAAAUGGUAGUCCUCAGAAUGGGAAGCAAGAAAGAGGUCAUAUGCCUGGAACACGCUUCAGCAUGGAAGGGAUCUCAAAUGUCAUACAGAAUGGCUUCCGCCACACGUUUGGAAACUCGGGUGGAGAAAAACAGUAUUUAACAACCGUCAUCCCUUACGAGAAGAAAAAUGGACCUCCAUCUGUUGAAGAUCUUCAGACAUUAACCAAAAUCCUUCAUGCCAUGAAAGAAGAUAGCGAGAAAGUGCCAAGCUUGUUAACAGACUAUAUUUUAAAGGUUCUGUGUCCUACGUGAAGAGGGCUGCCUUUCAGAAUUAACCAUGUUCCUUCCUAUGAUGAGAAGCUUUCCAUGGAAAUAACUCAUAGUAUUUUCUUCCAUUUGGUACUAUACCUAAACCAGUACCCAUUUACCUCCUUUGUGUGUGCGUGGAUUUUCUGAUCCUACAUUAAGUCUUCUGGGCAUGACAACUCAUCCAUUUUAACCGAAUAGUGCAAUGAACUGGAGCAGGGAACAAAAACUGUACAGUUUUUCUCGCAUUGUUCUGGCUUUUUAAAGUCUCUUUUUACACUGUAUAGCAUGGAAAUCCUCCUGCACAUUUUGUUGUGGGAAGGAAAAGUAACCUUUGAAUAGUGUAAAUAACAUAAGCCUAAUUGUAAGGAAUCCGUAUUUAAAACAUCCUUAGUUCCUGGAGCAAAAAUGUAAAAAGAAUUUUCAUUGUACAGACCCAACAAAACGAUUCAGAUGAGUUCUUCAGGAAGCACUCUGGGACAGUGUGGUGGACAUUUGUUUUCAACGGUUCUUUUAAACAUUAUCUUUGAGCUGUACAACAGUAAUGUUCACAGAGUGAACAAAUCCUUAUUCUUUAAUGGUUUGGCAUAAGUAAUUGGUGUGUUACUUACCUCUGUUAUCUAACAUAACCAUCAGAGUAAUGUAAUUUUUCAUAUUGCUGUUUUUGUUUUAAUUGUUAAUGUUCACGUGGCUCAGAUAUUCUCUCAUAUUGCUGCUAUAAUUUUACUGGUUUUAAUACGCGUUUGAUCUUAAUGGAUAUGAUUAAGUAUAUAAGCAUUUUGAAAGGCUAUAUCUUUUUAAACAUACAUGUACAGUUUGGAAAAAAAAACUUGCACCUGGGUUCCAAGUUAGUAUUAUAUCAAGACUUCGGUCAUUGUGUAUCUCUGAACUUUACUACAAAUCUUUCUUGUAUGCUCUGUGAUGAUGUAUCUGCAUUCAAACAGAUGAGAAUGUAUUUUGCAAAUCCUGUAAAAGAAACAUACCCUGCGAUCUCCAUAUUAAAUAUUUGCCACAAA